AGUCGAUUCGCGUUAAAUUGAAUUGUAUAGAUUUAAAUAAUAUCGAAUUGUAUUAAUGAACAAUCUUCUAAGAGCAUUCGCUUACGAGCAUGGAAAGAAUGCUCGCCCGGCCAGCCUCGAGCGCGAACGAGCAUUCGCUCGCCGAGUCUGAACGCACCCUAAAGUUCAUCGCUCACAUCUGGGGCCUGAAGCCUCGUGCACACGAUGUUCCGGUUUAUUUGUACAAAAUCCAUCGGACCUAGUGUUAUUUCCUGUCUCUCGCAAAUACUCGAUGAAUUAUGAAAAUCUAACGAACGAAGAGACAGUCUCUUUAAAGAACAUAUUCGUGUUUUAAAGAGCACCGUCGACCAAUCGAUGGCGACCGCUAGUUCUCUACAAGCAGUGCCGUCGACGCCAGUUACACUAGUCCGGUUUUAUCUUCGAGAUAAUAUCCUACCAAUCAAUGCCUCCGCAUCGUGCAUUGCUCCCAACCUUCGAAUGCGCUCUACAGUGCUAUUGGCCUCGCGAUCGCGUACGUUGCGCACCCGGCCAAACAAGUGAAAACGGGAGAACCACGCGCAGUUGAACCGGGAGUUUGCUUCUAAAACUGCUUACAACGCAAGGCUGCUGUAACACGACGAUCCUGCGGCAUGCCUCUUUAAAACCACACCCGGAACGCUGCCUCGUGUUCCCGAGACGCUUGCUCUUUUUUUCGAAAAUUCUCGUACACGGCCGCACCGUGGGUCUCUCCUGUUCAGGCGCGUAACCAGUCUUUUGAAAACGGGGACCUUAGGAUGAAUAUUCUGCUAUUUUUCGCGGCAAUUUCGUUUACUGACCGAGAAAGAUAAAUGUCGUACCAUUCUCAUAAACAAUAAAAAUGCCUCGAGUAAGGAGACAGGUGGUCUUGGAAGAUCCUGCCAGGCCCGUUACACCAGACAUGGUGGAAACCAAAUUACUGAAAACAGAAUUCUUGGAUGAUGGCUCCCUGGAUGAAGUACAAGCACAAAAGGUGGCCGAAGAGACACCGAGUCCUCAUCUUCAAGAUCAUCAGUAUGGACAAACACCUUGUUAUCAAGUGACGAGGAAACCUACACAACCACCACCACGAACUGAACAAAUAUCGGUUCAGGCGGUGAAACGAAGACUGAAUUUGGAAAUGGGAGCAACAGGUCCCAGCCAAUCUGCCUUUAAGGCUCCUAGAGGUAAACGUAGGAGAUCCGGUUCGAAUUCUUUAACUGGCCACACACCUACAAAAAGUAAAACGGUAGAGAGAACGCGGUAUGAUACAUCAUUGAGCUUACUUACAAAAAAGUUCAUACAUUUAGUUGAAAGCAGUCAAGAUGGUGUUGUAGAUUUAAAUGUAGCGUCUGAGAAGUUAGAAGUACAGAAACGUCGUAUAUACGAUAUUACAAAUGUGUUGGAAGGUAUAGGUAUUUUGGAGAAGAAAAGUAAAAACAAUAUACAAUGGAAGGGCGGUCAGUUACCGAAUGACAGGAACGAUAUCGCUGAUCUCAGAAGAGAAGUGGCAGAUUUAGAAGCUAAAGAAAAUACUUUGGAUCGGUUAAUUCACGGUGCAGAUAAAAACCUUAGGGAAUUGUGUGCCGAUAGACAAUACGCUUAUGUAACGUAUCACGAUUUACGUUCUGUCCCAAUGUACAAAGAUCAGGCUAUAAUGGCAGUAAAAGCCCCGCCAGAAGCCACUUUACAUGUUCCACAACCUAUCAAUAAUCUUGGCCAACAAAAGCUUCAAAUGCACAUGAGGUCGUCUCACGGAGAAAUAGAGGUGUUCCUCUGUCCUGAUGACCCCGCAGUUAAAACGUCUCCCAAUCCGGGAUACACGACGACGCAACCUGUGCCUUCGUCAAAAGAAUCCGAAAUACCCGGUCUCCCUCCUGAACUGCUGGUCAAUGGAGGAAGCGGGGUUCGGGUCGAACCAGUACCUUCUGUUGAGAGUACGUUGAAUGCUCGUUUGAGUAUACCGGUUAUAUCUGCGGUUACCAGUUUAGCAGGAAUGAGGGACGCCCUGUUAUGUGAAUCUGAUGACUAUGGACCAAUGGGUGGUGGCAAAUUCCAACUUCAAACGGAGGAUCAAAUUAAUACUCCAGAUCUAAAUUUUUUCGAUUUUGGAGAACACUUGCUGUCCUUGGAACCACCUUUAUCCGAAAACGACUAUUCGUUCUCGUUAGGCACGGAGGAAGGGCUGUCGGAUCUUUUUGAUUUCAAAUUUUAAAGAUAUCGUCCUGGUUGUCGUCAUCGUGAUAGCACUUUUGUCUUUUUGGACAUACCACUCUGAGUUCGCCUCCCUAACAUUCGAACGGAUAGCGAUCAUUUUUGUUAAUCCAAUGAUGACCGAUCUGGCGUCACGAUUAUCCUGAUUGGCAAUUUUGUUUGUAUAUUUUUCGUUCUCGAAACGUACGUUUGAAACAAUCGAAUCCAUGGAACGGUAAUUGACAAGUUAGUCAUAUGAUCUUGCUUCUUAGUUUUACAAAGAAAAAUACGCGAUCGUGUAAAUACAUGAGGUAUAGAUAGGAUGCGUUUGCGACUCGCGAUACCGUAUAGUAUUUUGUCGACACUCUUUUAAAAGUUGUAUGUUUUAAUCGCGAUUCGUUCAGGAUCGUAUACAGUAUCACGUCGGUCAUUAUCGAAAUUCCACCUCACAGAAAGGAUCUCAAAAAUGUACGGAGCGAAGUAGAGGGACAAACAUAUCACGCCUUAAGUUCGUUGGCGUAACUAUUUGGGGACCAGGGUGGGCCUGGCAUCUCAAUGACUGAUCAAAUUUCCUUAUUAUUAAAUUCCUGGACUUUCUAACCUUACAAUACUUCAUCCCAAAUAAUUUACAAAUUUUUGACACCAUUGGUACCUGGCCCACCCCAGACAAAAAUCCUAGUUACGCCAAUGCUUGGGUUACUACUAUAUUGGCAAUGAACGACGAACAUUAAAACCAUUGUUUUAUAGCAGAGAAUCCGUUGCAGAAUAAUUGUUUGACAAAAGUAGACAAGUUAUUCGGUUAUUAUAGAUUUGAAACAAUGACACUUUAGAAAGAAUAAGGAAUAAUUUUGUGGAUGUCGGUCAUUGUUAAAUGUACUGGUAGCCUUAGGUUGACAGGUUGACUGCCAAUGCUUUAAUUUAAAGGAGAUUCAAACUGCUACAACUAGUCAUCAUCCAAAUGUUAGAAACAUAUUCGCUACUACGUCGCGUGACGUCCAAAUUUCUGUAGUACGCUUAACUUGCAAUUUUAGGUAAUAAACAAUAGUGAAAAUUUUGAUGGCUUACAGUAGCGAACGUGUUAAUGGCAGUCAACUUGUUAGCAAGUGCUCGAGUAUUUCCGGCUUGAUACGGUUGCCACCGACAUUGAGUUUCUGGAAUACGCUGUAAAGCUGGCGUAGCGACGCCGUUCUGUGCAAUCUGUAAUAAUAUUGUUAAUCGAGGUAAGCGCGGGAAAGGAGGAUGAUGUAUCGGGAAUUUCAAAGAGAGGAGAGACUGCAGACUCGUGACGAACAAUUACAACGGUUUCCUUUAUCCCCCUCUGCGUUCAUUCUACUGUUAGCGGAUAGAAUUCAUAAAAAAAAGAAAUUCCCUCCCAGCGUAUUUCUAUUCGCGUAAUUAAACUCCUGGACGGUUGUCUUCUCUAGUCGCUAGGACUGAAUCUUUUUAUCUCCUUUUAUUUUCUCGAAAUCGCGUGCUUACCACCUUACCGUCGCUAGCUGAUAAAAUAGAUAAGCCACUUGUUUUAUGAUUUAAUAAGCGAAAAGUAAUAUCAAGGUCAUACCACGCGAAGUUCAAGGAAAUUCUGAUUUGUAAUUUCAGUCGAGUAGCAAUCUCAGUAAAUGUAAUAUUAUUUUGUAUAUAUGCUCUAGUUUUUGAAAUGUAACCUUGUGAUUCCACAGUUUCAAAAGUUUUACAAAUUCGUGCAAACUGAUUGUAUCUCACUCGUAUCGAAUGAUAUAACAAAGUGACACACAUUUUGAUUAAAUAUUCCAAGGCUUACAAUCAAUCAAUUGGUGCUGAUAGCUGUUAAUUAUUAAGCUCGCGAUAAGUAAGGUGUUAAGACGAGAGACCGCCGUUCAGGAUAAGUUUAUCGAUACGAUAGUGUAGCUUAUUGGGGGUUGUUUGUAAAAAUCGCGUCAGAAAGGCAUAGUUUUUAUUCUAUAUACUUUUGUAAUUGGUCGAAUUUGUCCGACAGGGAGGUGCGGAUUUUUGUAUAUUUCGAUGCAUGAAAAUUAAUUGAAAUCGAGGUACAUUCUCGACACGACUCGUAAUGUGACACCGAUACUAUCGAUGUAAAUCAUCAUGAUGGAUUAGCUUGGAAUACGAUGCCACGAACACGGAGACGAACUCGAGCGAGAGAAACAGAUCUUAGACUGCAUGUUACUCGUAUUUAACGACAGAGGGAAGUCUAAGAUUCCUUUCAGGAUCCACAGUACUUGUUCAGAAGAUUUGUAAAAAAAAGGGGUUCUUCAAAGAGAACUUUGAAGCCAGUGCAACUUGAAUUUUGACCGAAGAAGAAACGCUUGAGUCUUAACGUAUAUACAUAACUCCUAUAUAAGACAAACUGAGAAUAUUUGUUCGAUGUUCCUGAAGAGAAUUCAAGGAUGCACUGGAGAGAAUCGUCUCAGCUGGAAGUCUCUUAAGGAUGUACUCUAACGUACAACUUAGUGUACGUCCAAAGCCAUAGUGCCUACACAAUAAUGAUCACACCCUUCUGUAACUGUAAAUAGUUUACAUACUAUACAAAAUAUAUAAAACAAAGUAUAUAUAUACAUAUGUAUAGUGUGUAUAUAUAUAUACAUGUGUGUAUAUAGAAAGUGUAAGGACGCGAGGACCCCCCGACACAGAAGAGAAAAACCAGAUGCUGCAAGACACCUCAUUAUCACAAACUAUCGAUUAGUUACUUUUAAUUAUUAUUAAUAAUUAUUGAUGCAUUAGGAGAUGUUAGAUUAUAAAUUUGACUUAUUAUAUAUAUGUAUAUAUGUAAUAAGUGCGUACGUUUUUUAUAGUCAAACGAAUAUUGUGCAGAAUAAUGCGAUGAGACUUAAAGGAUUACUUAAGGAGCGUUUUCUUUUUUUAAUGUUAACGGCGGACAAAAUGUGUAUAAAGAGAGAAAUGUUUUUAUCGCUACGUGUAUUUAUUUCAAUUGAAUGUAGUUUGCGAGAGUAACAAGAAAAUUGUUAUGAAACAGUGAUAAACGAUGAGCAAUUUUUUAGUUACUUUACCUUUUUAGUAAGAUUAGAGAAUCAAAAGUUUUUCGAGAUUUCUAAAUUUGAAAAUUUGGAAUUUUUAUAUUUCUAAAUUUCCAAAUUACCAAAUUGUCAAAUUUGUAAAUUUCUGAACAUUAAAUUUGAAUUUACCAUCGUGUCACUGUUUUCGAGGGUAAGUCGAGCGUUAUUCCAAUAAUCUUCAAAUAUUCGAACGUCUGAAGAUUAUUUAAAUAAUACUCUGUACAAUAAGAAUGCGUUGCGUUGUGAAUAAAUUAUUCUGCACGAUAUUCAGCGCGCAAUUCACCGAUCUGCAACAGAGAGAAUUGUGUAGUUUUCGUUUUCAUUCGAUUUUUUUUUCAAAUUGGUGGCAUCACGCUUUUUUUUUCAUACGCAUCGUGCAACGAGAGGGGAAGCGAAGCGAGAGCGAACUACGUGUGAAUGAACGUGUGAGUGUUGAUUAAACGAAUGAUAUUAAUGAUUCGAAUGUACGGUGAUCAGUGAUCUCGAUCCUGGCACAACCAGUGAGAAUUUAACAAUAUUUUCUACCUGAAUAAUAUUUGCGGGAUCUUACGGAGUCUGAGCACGUGAAAUUUCUCUUUAUUCGCUAUAUUUCACUCUGUUCGAAGAGUGCGUCGGAAGAGUCCUACACGAAUACCGUAAUUUCCAACGUUCUCAGACUUCCUAGGAUCUUUUUAGAAUAACUUAUCAUGAAGAUGGCAGUCCAUCGUUUCGUUUUUAACCCGAUAUUCGUAAAAUUACUACCGCGCGUUUCUGACAGUCUUUUGAAUUUCGCGCCUCUUGUAUUAUGCACGGAAGAGUACGUUCGUUCGUUUUUUUUUCUUUUCUUUUAGAGUUUCGUUUAGCAGGACUUUUACGGCGUUGGAAAUAAAUUAUUUCUGUCUGGCAACAACGAUUUAAACGAAAUUGCGUUUCGAAUGUCUUGUCUGAAAACGUGUUUAAGAGACUGAACAGAACCGAUGGUAGAAAUGAAAAUUCUGAUCGAUUGUCUUAGGGAAAACAAAAAAUUGAACGAUGUAUGAAUCGAUAUGACGAACGAGAAUUUUGUCAUAUUUUAACGGGCAUGUCCCGCCGAAAGACACAGUAAAAAAAGAGAGAGAGAAGACGAAGUUACAAAAUAUAACCUUGUGUAACGUCAUAGGGAGAUGUGAUGUUUUUUAAUUUUCCAUAACCUUCGUGUUCGCUUAUCUUGUGCAGAAAAGUAUUUCGGUGAUACCCUUUUACUUUGUUAUAAAAGUAAGGAUAUAUUAUUCGCUCGGACACCUGGCUGUUCGAAUAUAUUCGGCUCGAUUUUAAAUUUAAGUUCGUUCAGAUCGUUUCGCGUGGAAAGUUACGUUUCACGUUCAAUGGAAAUUGUAUGCUUUGCAAAUGUCUAUAUCAAAAUAGCGAAUACCAUAGUAUACGCAGAAGAAAUAUUUUUUAUGUAUGUUUAAUACGUAUAACGGUACGAUUGAGGAAAUAAAACGUCGAAAACUUGACUCUGAUCGUCACGAACGUAUAUGAAAUUUGGUAGCGGAUUAAACUUAAACGAUUUAUGGAUUUUUGCAUGAAUAAAGUACUCUUGCAAUAUUUUAUUAGAUACUUUUAAUAUCUUAUUUUAAUAAAAACAGUUUUGAACAACGAGAGGAAGGUGCAAAAACAUCGACCAUAAUGUUAAUUCGAAAAGCGUUUAUCUUUUUCGCGCGACGAUGUGCGCAUGCGCGUCAUUUGUGUUUUCCCGCGAUUAUCUUCGCGCCGUUGACCGCCCGUCGCACGCGCUCGGGUACACAUCUUUUAUGUUAUGUAUAUUUUGACGUUUUAUAUACACAACGGUAUUAUAUACGAGAAUAAAAUUUUAAAUAUGGUGUAUGUUAUUGUCUACUUCCAUGUUUUAUAUUUCACUUCACAUGUUUUUGAAUAUCGCACGUAUCAAUGAGCGACUGCGCAUGCGCGAGCAGCUACCGUACAGUACAACUCCCUCAUAUGAUUAAAAACUUGAAAUCUACGCGUGAAGA